AUGUAUUCAAACGGGCAGAGAGACCCGGCGCGGCCAUUCUUGCCGCCGCCGCCCCCCUUGACGAUGUCCAGUCAAGGUCAACUCCCCCAUAUGACAGGUAUUCCGCCGCCACCUCCUCGAUACCCCCUCGCGCCAGCCACUAUCAACGGUGUUUUACUCCCUCCGCCUCCUGGUCCCCCGCCAAACAGUGCUCUUGGUCCUUCGGCGCCGUGGCAAGGAAGCUGGGGCCGUCCCUACGAUGGGCGCGCUGGCUUCAUGCCCAUCCAACACACCGGCGGCCCCGUCGCCUACAACCCCAGGCUGAUCCACCAAAUUUCGAAUCCCGCAUUGUCGUCUAUCCCCCCACCACCUCCAUUGACAUCGGAUCACCUUGGAAAGUCCAAUAACAGACUCGGAAAUGAAGAGGCAGAGGCAGCCAUGACGGCUACCUACAUACCUGAGAGUAAUACGUACGGUGAGGGUGUUGGUAUUCCAGGGUUCUUCCCUGACGACACAUCCACGUACCCUACCAUCGCUGCUCAACCGCCCUGGCCAGCUACGAGUCAGGCUACAACCCAAGCUACCAGCAAUAGUACCAGCUCCACAGCUCCUACCGACGACGGGCGAACCGGACUUUAUCCAAACACUUUCCAGACCAAGCAGGUUUCCAUAAAAUCAAACGCGCCCGUGGCACAUGCUGAGAUACCACCCGAGCUCGCCGCAAAAUGGCCUCUCGAUCAGGUCCUCGUAUGGCUUGCCGCCAAUGGGUUCUCAAAGGAUUGGCAAGAGACGUUUAAGGGACUUGAGCUCGAGGGCGCCCGCUUCUUAGAACUUGGCAGUCAGCGAGGAGGACGUGGUAAUUUUGGCAUGAUGCAUCAGUUGGUAUAUCCUCGACUUGCCCAAGAAUGCAUUAACAGCGGAACGGGCUGGGACCAGGCACGCGAGAGGGAGGAGGGAAAGAGGAUGCGCCGGCUUAUUCGAAUUUUGGGCACAGGCAAACCUCCCGAAUCCUCGAAAGUCCAAUCAUCAUCUCAUAUUCGCAAAGAGUCACUGAGCUGUACACAUGGACACAGUACAGGAACCGAUGUUGAAUCUCCCAACACGCCAAUCAAGCCCAAUGGUUCCGCAGCAAAUCUUCGCGGAUUCCCCCAGGCACCGAGGGCAACGACAAUGCCGAUCAGCGGCACCAUGACAACUGAGUCUAACCACCGAGCCAUGUUAAAGAACAUUGAUAUUGAAAAUAACAGGAAGGGUAGCCCCAGCAGUGCAAGUGAAUUUGGAGAUGGAAUUCUACGAAGACAAAGUCCCAGCUUGAGUCCGAAAAUACCACUUUCACUUCCUCCCUCAUCACCAUCUAGCAGAUUUGGCCAUAAACCUCGAAAUAGCACUGAUUCGGUUUCAUCCAGCACUGCUAUAUAUGGCUCAGGGGUACCACCUGAAGCUGGGCAACUUCUGCGCAAUGCACAGACUAAUCCAGGCUAUGGUAGUCGUUUAUCGCCUAUGGAUUCUGGUGAGCGCUCAGCCGGUGCUGAACCAAACUCCGCCAAGGACAGCAAGAAUUUAUUUGGAUUUUUGAAGAAGAAGCAUAAGCACCGAGAUGACGACAAAGAUUCGCCUACGAGUCCUGGCUUGUUCAAGUCGAACGGUGGGUUGAUGAAUGGAACUGGGCCCAAUUCUCAAAGGACUUAUAUACUAGUAACCUUAGAUGGCUGGAACUAUCGUAUGUGCGAUGUCACCGAUUGUGAUACUGCAAGGGAGCUCCAAAUCAGUAUCUGCAUGAACCUUGGCCUGGCUGAUCCUGAUGCCCUGCAAAUGUACCCAACUGAGCUCGGCCAAGCAGUGCAUGAGCAAACUUUAGGAGACGUGUGUGUCUGGCACCCCAAACGCGCAGGCCUCGGCGCUAUGAAAUUGUUCGUCAAAUAUGGGGACACGGCCAGUGGAGGCCCAAGUGUGCCAUCGCUCCUGGUUCCUUCAGAUCAUUCUGACAGUUAUAAUCAAAUGAACGGUUAUCGUAUGAGAUCCAGCUCGUCGCCACCUACGUCUCGACCCAAUACUAUAAUGAAACCUAGUGACGAACAGCUAGCUACACAAGCCAGAAGCCAGGGUGUUUCGAAGCAGUUGUCCCCUCUGGAAUCGCCAUCGGGCGGUUUCGUUGGUAGGGAUGUGGAUUUCGACCAUCCCCGUACUUCUCCUUACGAAGACAAGAAGCCAGAUAAUCUUUUCCCACAGAGGAGAGCACCAGCACCGCCAGUCGUCGAGACUGCAACGCUCAUCAAGGCAAAUUCGCUCAGCAAGAAAACUGGGCAUAGCAUGAAGUUGUCUCAGUCGGGCAUGGACGGUAUUCCUAGUCCUAGGCGGCCCGCGACGUCGACUGGCUCGUACGAUAAUGGUGUUGAGAUGUCCCACAAGCCGCAGCGCCCUGUACUCGCCUCACCUCCAGCUGGCUCGGCCUUUGGUGCUUUAGUGAAUAUAGGAAGUGCAUGGGGUCACCUAGGGAGGCCAUCUACAUCAGACCAGCGACGGUCCAAAUCUCCAAGUCGAGUGAACUCAAACCUGCCGGCCGGGACAGAGUAUGCUGAACAAAGAGGUAAGGGAGCAAUGGCAACUGUUGAUUUUGGUCAAAACGCCUCAGGUCGUAGUAGUCCGGGGUCUGGCUCGCCAGGUUCCAUCACCUGGAGUCGUGGUGAUGUUCCAUUCAUCGUCCCGGACUACUCACCUGGUGGUACCCCGAUCCCCAACACUGGGAACAAACCUCAACAUGAGCUACUUGCUAAAGUGCGCCAAACAGCACAACGAACAGCCACCACUGGCGAUGUUAGCCCCAGUACAUCACAUACGGCCACUCCUUCAUCAGGCUUAGCAUAUGCAUCUAGCGUCCGCCGCAAGUCACAUGGCCCUGAAGUUGAUUUUACCGAGACAGACGUGCAAUUCUCCAAAGUAACCGAGUCAACAAGUAAACCCGCCGACGACUCUGGUGACGAUUCGGACGAUGGACUAUUCGCCAUUCCUGUACGAGGUAGACAGCCGUCGAGGUCAGUACGCAAACCCAAAGGAUCCAGUCAGGAAAGUGAUGCGGAGUCGGUUGGCACAAAACCCAGCCUACGAGUCAGGACGUCGAGGACGGGAAAGAACCUAUCGGUGUCAUUUGGCUCCCCCCGCACAAUGACUACGCCGGAUCUAGAAGAUGACGAGGAGAGUGUAAGGAGUGGCCGUAGUUCUCACCGCCGCACGCCCGCAACACCAGGCUCAGAUCAGUGGCAGUCUGAUGAUAGCAAGCUGAAUCGCCGAAAAUCCUUUAUCGAACGCGAUGUGUGGGCCAAUCGUCCUCCUACUGAAGCACUCUUGAGCAAUCUCGAUGCUUAUUUCCCCGAGCUAGACCUCGACCAACCGGUUCUAGACGAAAGUCAGCUCCAGGAGCCAAGCCCACCUGUCUCGCCUAUUCCCGAGCAAGAGGAGCCUGCGCCUAAUGCUACUAGCAUAACAAUUGGAAUCCCUACACCCCCAGAUACGAACGAUGAAGGAAGGACAUUCUACAACGAGAGUGAUACGCUUGGCUCCGACGAAUCUACACUCAAAGCGCUCGAGCGACCCGCGUCUAUCGCUUCCACUUCUAAUACACGGAAAAGCGUGCGCAAGUCUGGAGGCAUCAACAGAAUGAAGUCGAUUCGAGAAGUUGCCCGGGGUGCUCACGAGGCCAAUAAACGCUACACCAGCACCUCGACAGCCAGUGGUGCUAGGUCUAUGUCCAUGGUGCAACGUCGUAAGAGUACCAAGAUGUUUGGCGCCAACGUUGUACAGAUUCAUCCCGAGCGUGGAUCCAUGAUUGUGCCGCAGAUACCACAAGAUGUUCUCCCCAAGCGCCAGACAACUUUCCGAUGGUUCAAGGGUGAAUUGAUUGGAAAGGGUACCUACGGUCGCGUGUAUCUCGGUAUGAAUGCGACGACAGGAGAAUUCUUGGCCGUGAAAGAGGUUGAGGUAAACCCGAAGGCAGCCGGCGGAGACAAGAAUAAGAUGAAAGAACUCCUCGCCGCCUUGGAUCAAGAAAUCGACACCAUGCAAAACCUCGACCACGUGAACAUCGUUCAGUAUCUCGGCUGUGAGAGAAAAGAAACCAGCAUCAGUAUUUUUCUUGAAUACAUCUCAGGUGGCAGCAUCGGAUCAUGUCUUCGUAAACAUGGAAAGUUUGAGGAACCGGUCGUUCGCUCUCUCACCUGGCAGACACUGUCCGGGCUUGCCUAUCUCCAUCACGAAGGCAUCUUACAUCGUGAUCUGAAAGCUGACAACAUCCUGCUUGAUCUGGACGGCACGUGCAAAAUCUCCGAUUUUGGUAUUUCCAAGAAAACGGACGAUAUCUACGGUAAUGACAAGACCAAUUCAAUGCAAGGCUCUGUCUUCUGGAUGGCUCCCGAAGUCAUCCGCUCGCAAGGUGAGGGCUACAGCGCCAAGGUCGACAUCUGGAGCUUGGGUUGCGUUGUCCUCGAAAUGUUUGCUGGUCGCCGGCCCUGGAGUAAGGAAGAGGCCGUCGGGGCCAUCUACAAAAUCGCUAACGGCGAGACGCCGCCGAUCAACGAAGAGGUCCGCGCUGCCAUCACCCCAUAUGCUCUGGGGUUCAUGCUUGACUGUUUCACCGUAGAUCCGCGAGAUCGACCUACUGCUUUACGCCUCCUGAAAUAUCAUGAAUUCUGUGAGCUUGAUACGAAUUACAACUUUUACGAUACGGAGCUUUAUGCUAGGAUUCGAGGAACUUUUACCAGUUGA